AUGGCAACGAAAAACAAGGAAACCGUCGGCCUUUUCCGAGCUCGUAGCAACGGCGUGACUGCCUGGGGUGGUGGGGUCUUGGACCCGGACAUGGUUUCCAGUCGGUGCUGGUCAUUUUCCGACCGGUCUAGUCAUCGGAGGUGGCCAGACAACGACAUUGUGUCUUCGGGAAGUCGAAAAGUUGUUGUGCGCCAUCCCCUGAACGAGAGAGAGAGAGUGACACGCAUUCCUUAA